AUGACUACUCAACUCACAGAUGAAUUUCUCCAUGAAUCCGCUACGGCGGGCCCUGAUCAAUCAGUCAGCGUCUUAAAGGGUAAAUCGAUGUCCUAUGUAAUUGAUUUAAAUCAAGGAUCCUACACGAAAGGUAUCGUCACCCUGGACGCAACGAAUCAACUAAAUGGCUCCCAGGGAUACGCCUCGCUUCGUGAUGCAUACAUUACCGUUCCGUUUGUUGCUACAAUUAAGAACACAGGGGCUGGUGCUCUUGCUGGAACAGCUGCUGCUAUGACACAAUUCGUUGCUGGUCUCAAAUGUAAUAUAGCAACGAUUAUUGAUAAAGUUCAAAUCGAAUUGAACGGUAAGACCAUUGUCACUCCAUCAGGUUAUCUUUCACACUGGAACAAUCUUCGUGCAAUGACUGAGUGGAGUGACGAUGAUAUGAUGUCAGCUCGAUUGGGUUUUCAUCGACUGCUUCGAAUAGCGGAGACAGGAUUCAUCAACAAUGCAAACAAUGUAGCAGCCACCCUUGCAGCAGGUAAUGCUUCGGCUGUAGAGCUUCCAUGCAACACUGGUUUCGUCAAGCGCGAAUUAGCGAAUCCACCUGUAGUCUCAGUUAAUGGAACAGCUGCAACACCUACCGGAUGA